GCUUUUAGAGAUAUUUGCCUCUGCUUCAGCUUUUGACGUUGAAAAGCACUCUGUAAAAGCCAGGACAAAUAUAGACUAUAUCAUUUUGGUUUCAUAUACAAUUAUAUCGUAAUAUUACAAAUAUGCAAUUAUUAAUGCAAUUAAAUUUAGAAAAAAUCUUAUCAUAUCAUCUUACUAUUGGAAAGGCAAUAUUAAUGUGGAUGAUCUAAGUCUAACAAUCCACACAGGCGUUAUUUUAAUCUUUGACUUAAUAAUAAUAAUAAUCGUUUUCCCCAUUAAUCUCGUCACCGCCUCACAAGUCAGUCACCUAACAGUGUGCAACCCUCCUCCAUUUACUUCAGUAUUAUUCUCAAUCCUCAGUAUUGCUUUCAAAUCAAAGCAGAAAAAUGUCCAAGGAUCAUAUGAAGCUAGUUACCCUUUUCACCAUCGCCGUAAUUCUAAUCUUCUUCUUCUUCUUCUUUCUUGCUCAUGGAGCUCGCCCUAAUCCCACCACUCUGCAGGUUAGGAAGGGAGAAUCGGGAAGUUGUGAUGGGAUUGGAGAAGAGGAAUGCUUGGCAAGAAGAACCCUCCAAGCUCAUGUGGACUAUAUCUAUACACAGGAUGCCCACCCUCCCAACAAGUCCACAGUUACACACGCACCUUAGUUAUCUGUCUUUCUGAGUGCAUAAAUGGGACGUAAUAAAAAGCUGUCUUAUCA